GUUUACAAACUAUAGAUCUUUCCUCGCCCAAAUGCUCUAGGGUGUGCCAUGGCGGAGCCUGAGCAACGUGAGCCAUGGCUUCCUCCAGGCGAGAUGCCUUUGGUUCACGAGGCUCAGGCCUUCCGCUUAUGUUUGCGUCAAUGCCUUCCACUGGAGCUGCAUCCCGGACACUGGUUCCCUGUCUCCGUGGGCUGUCGGAAUGAGUUUGGGCUUUGGAAACGUGACAUGGACUUCGAGCCAGUGGCUCUUCAGCUCACGCUUCUAAGUCUGGCGGGGCAGGAUCUGGACUUGUGCAUUGAGACCGAAGGGUGUUUGGAGAUGGACAGCUCUGGAAAGUUGGAUUUUGCUGCUCGGGUGCUGUCAGAUCAUGUCGAAACUAGUGCCAUUCUGCUGCGUAUUUCAGCCGUUUCAGCCACACAUCCCCUUUUGCCGGUUCUGUCACCACCUUUGAUCUUGGGCUGUCGCUCUGGUGAGGAUCCCCUUCCGCGUCCUGGAACCUUAACUCUGGAACAAUGCCGUUUGAUUCGCGUGCCGGGCACCAGCAGCAGUUUGCUUCUUGCCGAAUGCGCUGGUGACUUGGGCAUCGGUGGACGGGUUUGGGAUGGAGGUUUGGUUUUGCUGGAAUAUUUGGCUUCGCUGCCAGGGCUUGGCCACUGCCUAGAACUAGGGAGUGGAACAGGCCUUGUGGGCUUGGGCUGUGCCCUACUGGGCGCCCAAGUUUGCUUGACAGACUUGAAGGAGGUGACUCCAUUGCUCGAGUUGAAUGUGGCCCUAAACCGAUGUCGUGGCUUGCAAUUGAAUGCCAAGGUUGAGACCUUGGAGUGGGGCACGGACCUCUCUGAUUUUGAGUGGCUUUCUGCAGACUUGGUCAUCAUGGCAGAUGUGGUCUACGACGUAGAGGCCUCGCGGCAGUUGAUGAUGACACUGACAGCUUUGGCAGCUUCCGAAUCAUCUUCGCGUUUCAUCAUGGCCUUCCGUCCUCGAAAUGUGGAGAAAGACUUCUUUCGAGAGUUGAGCAAGGAGUUCCAACUCACUGUGCUAGAAGGCUCUGGACCAUAUGCUAAGAUGUGCCAUGACCUUCAAAUCUUGCAACUGACAGCUGAGGAGAAGCGGAAGGCAGAUGCCGAAGCCAAGCGCUUGGCACAAGAGGCGGAAGCCAAACGAAAGGCGGAGGUGGCUGCCCAGAAGGCCCGCAAGGCUGAGGCGGAGGCGCGCCGCGCAGAGGCCGCCAGGCUCAAGGCGGAGGCGGCGGCGGCAGAGGCGGCCAAGGAGCAAGGCAGACAGUUUUUCGAUCAAGAGCCAGAAGAACCACAGGAGCAGCAUGGAGGGAGCGAGUUUGGCGACGGCACAUUGUCCGUCGUCGACGAGACUUCGAAUAUUCGCUUCAGCGCCUGGGUGAAUAUCCUUGUCGACGACGGCGAUUGGGGUCAAAUCGGAUUUCCCGACACUGGAGGCACCUUGCGAGUGAAGCUGGAUAUCUUCGACCCUGACAGUCCCAAUCUUACACUGCCCGUCUAUAUGCGCCCAGCCACGGAGCAGCCGGCGCCCAAAGGAGUGGGCUAUGACGUUUUUGCCAUCACCCAGCGUGGCAUGGAGGGCACUACGCCGUCCUUAAACUGUGACAACUCCAAGCUGCCUGAGACAUGUCCUCCUGAGGGCUGCCAGGUGAGCGACUUCACUGAUUGCCCGUGUGCCCUCCUGGACGGCACACCUCAGCUGGGGGGAGAUUUGGGCCGAUUUGGAUCCAGCGACUCGGCCAAUGAAAGCCAAGUCUUGAAUCUCUUCAACAAGAGACAGGCCUGGGGGCCACGCUGUGCUGCCUCAGAGAAGUUCCAACUGCGAGGAAGAGGUGGAAAGAUGUACAAUUUUCUAAACUACGUUGGCACUCAGUUUUUGGUAUAUGAUUUGGAUGAGAUGAGGAAGGCGGUCGGGGCUGAGAACUUGAGCAUCUAUGGAUACAGCUAUGGGACCUACGUGGGCGGCGUCUACGCUUCGGUCUUCAGCCAAUCCACCGGGCGUGUUGUCCUGGAUGGCGAUAUGGAGGCCUCACCCCGAAAGGAUGCCCAGUCCACUGGGGACGCCGUGGCCAACGACAAGUUCGUCGCGUAUUUGCUGAACACUUGCCAGGAAUCUGGGGAGCAUGCUUUGUAUGCGAAAGCCUCAGAAUGUUCACUGAAGGAUCCUCAUGUGACCUAUGCAAAGCUCGUGCAGCGCGCGCGAGCUGGAAAGCUAACGGCUCCCACUGAAUCGGGGAUGGACUUCCCGUUGUCGGUGGGGCUUUUGAUGGCCUACCUACAAGCAGAGUCUCCUGGCGUCGGCCACACCAACGAGUAUGAGUCUGCUCCGGGGAUUUCUUUUGCUGAUCCCUAUUUGGAGAAAUGUGCAGUGUGGGGCUUGGACCUGGCUGGCUACUACGAUGUCUCGAAUUUGAUGCAUCAGCCGCCUGGUGAGACAAAUCGAAUCAUUGCCUGGAUGGGUGAUGCUGGUUUGGCGGCGGUGGUGGGUGACAUGGCCGGCUAUUUCCUGUGGCGUCCUUUGAUUGUUGGAAAUUUGUUUGAUUCGGCGACGAGCUACAGCUGGGCACAGGAUAUGAAGAAGGCCUUUCCGGAUGGAUCCAUCAUCACAUGGCAGGGCCUGGGCCACACCUUCCCAACCUAUGCGACCGACUACAACCGACAAGCCAUUGCACACUGUUGGAGUCACAUCGAAGACUAUUUGCAGAAUGGCACCAUGCCAAUCAAUGGCCUGCUAUGUUGGCAGAAGGAAGACCCCAAAGUUGGUUGA